GACUCGGAGCUUGGAGUCGGAACCGCGGGUGAACUUGGCGCCCGUUCCAGGUGGCGGAGCCCCGAGGAUGGUGAGCGCCAGCUGCCGCUCCUGACCCUGCCUCCGCCGUGCUCGUCCGGGGCCGCCGAGCUCGGAGCCCCGCGUCGCUUUCCCCUGCCCGGCCGUGGGUGAACCUGCAGGCUGCAUACCCACCCGGAGGACUUUUUUUGAAAGGAAACGAGGGAGGGAGGGAGAGGGAAAGAGGGAGAGAACGAAGGGGAGCUCGUCCAUCCAUUGAAGCACAGUUCACUAUGAUCUUACUCACAUUCAGCACUGGAAGACGGUUGGAUUUCGUGCAUCAUUCGGGGGUGUUUUUCUUGCAAACCUUGCUUUGGAUUGUAUGUGCUACAGUCUGCGGAACGGAGCAGUAUUUCAAUGUGGAGGUUUGGUUACAAAAGUACGGCUACCUUCCACCAACUGACCCCAGAAUGUCGGUGCUGCGCUCCGCAGAGGCCAUGCAGUCCGCGCUAGCAGCCAUGCAGCAGUUCUAUGGCAUUAACAUGACAGGAAAAGUGGACAGAAACACAAUUGACUGGAUGAAGAAGCCUCGAUGUGGUGUACCUGAUCAGACGAGAGGUAGCUCCAAAUUUAAUGUUCGUCGAAAGCGGUAUGCAUUAACAGGACAGAAGUGGCAGCACAAGCAUAUCACGUACAGUAUAAAGAACGUAACUCCAAAGGUAGGAGACCCUGAGACCCGUAAAGCUAUUCGCCGUGCCUUUGAUGUGUGGCAGAAUGUAACUCCUCUGACAUUUGAAGAAGUUCCCUACAGUGAAUUAGAAAAUGGCAAACGUGAUGUGGAUAUAACCAUUAUUUUUGCAUCUGGCUUCCACGGAGACAGUUCUCCCUUUGAUGGGGAGGGAGGAUUUUUGGCACAUGCCUAUUUCCCUGGACCAGGAAUCGGAGGGGACACUCAUUUUGACUCCGAUGAGCCAUGGACACUAGGAAAUCCUAAUCAUGAUGGAAAUGACUUAUUUCUCGUAGCAGUUCAUGAGCUGGGACAUGCUUUGGGACUGGAACAUUCCAAUGAUCCCACUGCCAUCAUGGCUCCAUUUUACCAGUAUAUGGAAACAGACAACUUCAAACUUCCUAAUGAUGAUUUGCAGGGCAUUCAGAAGAUAUAUGGUCCACCUGACAAGAUCCCUCCACCUACAAGACCCCUACCGACAGUGCCCCCUCACCGCUCUAUUCCUCCAGUGGACCCAAGGAAACAUGACAGGCCGAAGCCUCCACGGCCUCCCACUGGCAGACCUUCCUACCCUGGAGCCAAGCCCAACAUCUGUGAUGGGAACUUUAACACGCUAGCUAUUCUUCGCCGUGAGAUGUUUGUUUUCAAGGAUCAGUGGUUUUGGCGAGUGAGAAACAACAGGGUGAUGGAUGGAUACCCCAUGCAAAUCACUUAUUUCUGGCGGGGCUUGCCCCCUAGUAUUGAUGCAGUAUAUGAAAACAGUGAUGGAAAUUUUGUCUUCUUUAAGGGCAACAAGUACUGGGUGUUCAAGGACACAACUCUGCAACCUGGUUACCCUCAUGACCUGAUUACUCUUGGAAGUGGAAUCCCCCCUCACGGAAUCGAUUCAGCUAUUUGGUGGGAAGAUGUUGGAAAAACCUAUUUCUUCAAGGGAGACAGGUAUUGGAGAUACAGUGAAGAAAUGAAAACCAUGGACCCUGGCUACCCCAAGCCAAUCACAGUCUGGAAAGGGAUCCCUGAAUCUCCUCAGGGAGCUUUUGUUCACAAAGAAAAUGGCUUUACAUAUUUCUACAAAGGAAAGGAAUAUUGGAAGUUCAACAACCAGAUACUCAAGGUAGAACCUGGAUAUCCAAGAUCCAUCCUCAAGGAUUUUAUGGGCUGUGAUGGACCAACGGACAGAGUUAAAGAAGGACACAUCCCACCAGAUGAUGUAGACAUUGUCAUUAAACUGGACAACACAGCCAGCACUGUGAAAGCCAUAGCUAUUGUCAUUCCCUGCAUCUUGGCCUUAUGCCUCCUUGUAUUGGUUUACACUGUGUUCCAGUUCAAGAGGAAAGGAACACCCCGCCACAUACUGUACUGUAAACGCUCUAUGCAAGAGUGGGUGUGAUGUAGGGUUUUCUUUUUCUUUCUUUCUUUUCCAGAAGUUUGUGGUAACUUGAGAUUCAAGACAAGAGCUGUUAUGCUGUUUCCUAGCUAGGAGCAGGCUUGUGGCAGCCUGGUUCGGGGCUGACCUUCCACACCAGAAGGUUGCUGGUCCUGCACAUGAGUGGAGACACACUCAUGGGGAAGAUUCCAUGAUGCACAGUAUCUGCCGUUCUUCAGUCCUUUGUCUUUCUUUGUCAUGCAGUUCUAGGCCUUUUCUCUGCACGCUCAAUGCCCAGUAAAAUUUCAGGAUUACCUGAAGAAGAGGAAAAAGAAUAUGAAGAAAAGAUUCUUCUUAAAAUUUUCUAAUAUUAUUUUAUUCCUGAAGUCCAUUUAUGGGACAGAAAACAUAAAAGGAAGCAAAACAGAAACCCCACAAUUUUUAUUUUUGCUUUAAAUCAAAGGAAAAAAAAGUUUUAAAAAAAUCCACAAUUGAACUUUCAAGAAAGUGUGAAGACCCAAAACAGCUUUGUCUCCAAAGAAGAUAGCUCUGUGACUGCUAUGGAUAGUCUCCUGCGCAUCAUUCAGUCAGGUGGGAGAUCUGGAAAACACAUGCAGGACUUCAGACCGUUGGGACAGCCAUUUUCCAACAAACAAGGGGCCAAAAUAUCUGCAAUAUAGUAACAGCCUUAAUAAUACAUCCAUUUUUCAUUUUCUACAGCUGUUCUCAGCUACGUCCUCAAUGUUUCAUCACAUUUAUAUUCAUAGCUAUCUUCCAACCGGAUCUUUUAAUUGUUUGAAGUAUUUCUAAACCCCUUCUUGCCACCUGACCCCAACAUCGUUGUGAUGAUCUGCCCUGGUUGUAUUAGGCAAUUGCCCCAGGCCUUCCAUGGGUCUGUCAGGAAUAUUCAUUACAAAGCAGAGCAAAAAGCAUUGUGUCUCUGAAGUAGAUUAAGUGACAGUCAUUUUACAAGGAUUGACGAGUCUCGUGAAUACAUUGGUGUAACCCUUUGAGAACUAUCAGACUUGCUUUAAGAUUCUUACUAUCCAGUGAGAGCUAGAACUAGGCAAUGGUAAAACUAUGACAGGUUGAAGAAGUUCCAGUUUUUAUAACAUGUUCUCUGAUCUCUUGUAAUUCCUAAGUGAUUUACAGCACUACAUAAAUGCAUUUAUAAUGAACAGAAAUGAUGUUACUUGCCAAACAUUUUCUGGCAAAUAAAAGUGAUAUUUUGUUAACAGUAUCUCAUAAGAGUGAAAUUUUAUUUCAAUCACUGGUUAUCAUAAUCUAAGCCUUUUCUUCCCUUAGACAUAUUGAAUUUUUAUUUUAAAACCCACUGCAUGAAAAUUCAAUUUGCCUUGAUACAGUGCAGUUAACAUUGCCACUUAAACAUGAAUUAAAAUGAUGACUGAGAUUGCAUGAAUGUCCUCCAGUGCAUUAUCUAUUGCAUGUCAACCAUAGUUCUCAAAGGGUUAGUGUGGCUUCUGACAUUUAGCCAUCCAUUUGAUUACUGACAGAGCCAAGAGACCACCAAAGCAUUUCAUUGUUGAGUGUAAUUUGUCCUAACAGCAGUAUUGUCAUUUUCAUGUGACCUGCAGAGCAGGUUUGUAUCAAUAUUUUUUUCCUAGAGAAAAGUCAGCAACUGACAGACCUCUUUAUUGAUUUUUAGGAGCUGCUUCUUGCAGUGAAAGGCUUUGCAGCCACUGGGCUGUGAACUUAUUAGAGAUGGUCAGAAGGAGUGCACCCCGUGAGGUAGACGCUGGCUUUGUGUGAAAGCCGGCUUUUGAGGGGAUUAGCUUUUGAAACAAUGAACAGCUUGCCUUGAACUUGAUUAUUGAUCUGUUGACUGUCAUUAACAACAACUUAAACAUUGUCUUCUGUGAAAAUUUUCCUUGAAGAGUCCUGUUCUAUGUUUUUGCCCUUUGACCUUUAACUUGCAAACUGGCACAAACUGAAAGAAUUUUGCUGUGGCUUCUCUGUUGGGUUUUGAAUUGUUCUCUAAAACCUAGUAAGCACGAGCUGUUUCCCUAAAGCGGAGAGAGAAAGGGUGUGGGCAGUGCGUCUGCGGUGGACACUUUGCUCCUAACAUGCACACUCUCAAAAAUGCCCUAUAGGUAGAAGUGACUUAUUUUCCUUUCAUAUAAUUUCAAGCCUAAGUAAGUUCUUCAUCAUUUUAUUACAAAUUAUUAAAAACUAUAGGGGAAAAAAAACCUCAAAUACUUGAAUGGCCAGUGUGGCUUUUAUAUAAAGCAGGAAUUUUAUACUAGUGAAAAUUUCUUACUCAUUUGCUAAUAAUACACAUUUCCAGAUGAUUUUUACUGAGUGUAGGUAUACAUUCUUAUUUGGAAAUGGAUAGUUUGGCUGCCUUGAAUUUAUAUUUAUACUCAACAUAGCAUGAAAAUUAGAAUGUCUUUUGGUUAAACUACAUGUUUAUGACUUGGUUGGGGGAAAUAUUUUCUAAUCAUGGGUGGCAUGCUGGAAGGCCUCGCAGAUCUGAGCAUACUGUAACUCUAAGAAAGAAAAAAAGGCAGUUAGUAAAGAGGAGUGGCUUUACAGCAAAACAUCAUGCAAUGCAGACUGGAUUUUAAUAGAUGAAGAUCAAAAAAGAGAGGGCCACGAAAGCAAGGAGAGAGAACCAGAAUCAACCCCGUAGCUUUACUUCAGUGCUUCCAUUCUAGAUGAUGCUGGUAUUAUAAAGUUAAUCACUGUUGCUGAGCAUAGAGGAGUUUAUAUAAGCUUGUUUAUGUAGUGUUUCCUGAUAGAAAGGUUUAAUCCUUUCAGGACCUUGAUGUCUAAAAAAAAAAAAAAGAAAAAAAAUAUUGGAAACUAUAUUUUGCUAAAGAUAGAAAUGCGGAACUGUGUCAUUUUGGGACAUGUGCAAAUCACUGAGGAACUCCAUCAAUCUACAUUGAAAAAAUUUUUCUCUAGACUGAGAAACAGAAUAAGCAAUCUAUUUCCUCUUUAUUCGUUCAUCACAAUAUCAUGAUUCACCACAAGACUGUAAGUAUACAAGGGCUAGAAAAUAAUCAUAGCAUUAAGAAGGAAGGUGUCUAUCAUUUUGCUUGAAUCCUGGUAAAAGUCAUGGAUGAGGUUUGGGUCAUAUUAAUUUGAAUAUGAGAAGAGUUUUAUGUGAUAAGAAAAAGCAUAGGAGGUUGCUGUCUUGACUAGAAUGUUUAUCAGACUGUAAGAAUGCAAGAAAUAAAAUAAUAAGUACAGUGUAAUCACAAACAUUGAAUUUCCAUUUGUUUAUUGUAUACCAGGCACUUUGCGAGUAAGGUUGCUGCCUCCUUUUCCACUUGAAAUUUGGAAAAAUGUGUCAGUUCUUAGAGAAUAGUGAAAGGGAGGGUAACUGUGGCCUAGCACAUGAGAAUUGUAAUUAAAAAUCAAUGUAUAGUAAUUUACAUGGGUCAACAAUGCACUGUGUCAGCUCAGUAUCAGUAGUGAUAUGCACCUUUCAAGCGUUUUUCAACAUCUCAUCACAAGUAAUGCAGAAGUUCAGACCUAGGUUUUCCCAAAUAAAGUGAAAACACAUUCAUUCUCACACAAAAUAAUCUUUCUGUUUCAUUAUUUCUUGUAAUUUAAUAUUGACACAGAUUUAAACCAGAAAGUUGUUUACAUAAAAUGAUUUCAUAACUUAUAAUUUUAAUGAAAUAUUGUUUUGUAUGUUACUACUUUAGCUGAAUGGUGUAUUAAAAUAGCUAAUCAGCUUGAAAUCUCUGGGAGGCAGUAAUUCCUCAUCAGACCUUUUGAAAAAGUUGUAAAUUUAACUAUUGGCCCAUUUCAGAACAAAAUGUCUAUGGGCAACCACAGUCAUUCCAAGUGACUAUGAAUGCCUUUACAAUUAUAAAAACUACAUAGUGAAAUUAAAGAACAUUGUAUAUUACUAGUAAAGAUAAUUUCUGCUAGCUAAGAGAGCAAUAUUUUACUGAAUCAUAUGUAAUAAUUUACUAAGUAAUGAUUACUCCCCAAAAAAUUACCAAGUAAGAAAGGAUACAGACUGAUUUACUGAAAUUAGCAAAUGUUAAUUUUAUUAGUCAUAUUGCCUAUAAUUUUUUAUUGAAACGUAAUUUGGCUUUUCAUCUACUCUGUAGUUAUUUCCUUUCUGUGUGAUUUUAAGACACAAUGUAGUGGGUGAAACAUUACCCAAAUUUCACUGGCAGUUACAAUUUAUGAAUGAUGGUGUAUAUACUGAAUCCUAGGGAUAAUCAUGUAAUAUUUGCAAGUGAUACAUAUUGUGUUGAUAUCUCUAGUAUGGUACAAAUACAGACCAGUACUUUGUGGCUCUUACAGUAGAAUAACCAGUGUGUCCAUAUUGACUCAACUCAGUGUGCUGUUUGAAGAGGAAUGGAUAUUAUUUAUAAAUAGACUUGUUAAACAAGAGUCAUGAAAAUGAUCUUUUAAAAAAGUUUUUGGAAUUAUUUCCAAAAACUAAUAAAGGUCGUGAUUUAUUGAUGUGUUGAGUCUGUGAAAUUGUAGUAUAUAACAAAACAAUCUUGGGGAUGACAGGCUUUUGCAGAAGACACAGCGAAAGGUUUCUGAUGUUUUUAAGAGUAUAUUCCAAAGUGUUACAAUGUCAAACAGAGCAUACCUUUUAACCCAAAAAUGUCAAAUUCAGAUGACCUUUUACAAAUAGCCGUAACUACAGUUUCAGUUAAAACAUGAGAUCACAAAAGGUGUCAAGUCAAAUCAUACUGAAAAAUGUAACCAUUGCAUUGGACUUGGUGCACUUUCGUGAUACUGAUUUAUUACCACCACAGGAAAUGAGUGGCAGAACAUAAAUAGGUUCCACUUUCCUGAGAAGCACCUGUAGCUAUAUCAGAAAACUUCAAACAGUUUUAGUUUAAAAAUGAGGACUUUAGGUAAUAAAGAAAGCACCACCAAGGGACAGUAUCAACAAAUAUGAAAGCUAAAUAUUUAAUAAGUGGAGGAGGAGGAAAAAUGGAAAGACAUACUCUAAUACUCUUUAAAGCAACUGGAAAUUUUACCUUAGCAAGUAUAAAAAUAGUGAAAAAUGCACCUUCCAACUCUUCUCACUAGUGAUAUAUCAGUGUAUAUAUUUAGCCAGUGGUCAUUAGAUGUUAUCUUCCUAAACACAUCUGAUAAUCAUGCAUUGCCUCAGAGGCCAAAAUUGUCAGAAGUAGGUGUUCUGUAACCUCAAUUGGAAAAGUAUAUAAUAUUAGAAUCCCCUGAGCAAAGCCAUCCCCUAGGAUAGAAGUUUACCUCAAUAGUCAUAUAAUACAAAACACUUGGCAUAGUAGCAAAAAAGUUGCCUUAGUGUUAUAGUCUCAUCUGAUUGUAACCUUUGACAAUAAAGUACCACUCGAAUCAUUUUUCAUGUUUCCUAUUGAUGUACUUUUGAGGUGACUCUGAAAUAGUUCAUGUCAGACUAACCAUGUCCAAUUACAAACAUCUUUUCAACAUAUGUCUGCUUUGAAAUUCAAGCCAAUAGUAUAGAAAGCCUAAAAAUGAAUACUGAUUUGGUAAGUUACAGAAAUUGAAGGAAAAAUGUGGUAUUGCAAAAUUCAUGAUAAUUUUCUGGGUAGAAGACAAAAGUAGCAGCCUUCAGUUUUGCAAGAGAGCUAUGAGUUUAUAACUAACUGGACAUGACAUGCAUCUUUUGUAGCACAAUGCUAAUUCUUUAUACCACAUAAGAAUAUAAAACCAAAAGAGCCUUUGUGCUAUAACAAAGACUUCACAGGCAUUCAAGAAAAUUGAGGGCAUAACUAGUAAUUCAUGGUCAGAAUAUAAUAUGUACAAAAAUUAACAUGAAAUACACUUCUAUUUGGAAAUGUUAAGGAUGCUAUUCCUUUUUAGUUUAAAGAGUAGCAUGUCUUCAAAUUUUUUCUUACACUAACAUAAGAAGGGCGAUAACAUUCAAGUUUGUACUCAAUAUGUCCUUACAUUAAAGGGCAUAUUGGACAGUAUAAGAACAUGUCAUAAACUAGAACGUUGUGCUAAUUCACAAAACUUUACCAUGUGCUCUGCUGUAGAGCUAGUUUUAUAUGCCCUUAAGAAGGGAAAAUAGCAGUUAAAUAUAAGUAUGAAAAUAUGAUAACACUAUCAUGUUAGGUCACUAAGCUUCAGAACAAAAGAUCACUAAUCUUUAGUUCAUUUAGAAAACCUGGAGACAAUGGUGAACAAAAAUGAAAUAAGAAACUUUUUGACUAAUGAAGAUGUAUACUGACAAUUUUAUUCACGUUUUUUUACCCAUGAAAAGAAGCAUCACUUGCCAUUGAGACAUUUUUGUAGCUCUUGGACUUUAGCUAGAAUGAGUCCCAGGCAAAGUGUCUUUUGACACAGGCAUCUUUAGACAUGCCUUCUAUAUGAUGAAGCUUUGGUCAGAUGUGACUGCAUGGUAGGACGCUUCCUCCUAGUAUGACAUGGUGCUGCUUGUAUUUGCCACCUUUUAUAUGAAUGUAUAUUGCUACAUUGGCCUGUCUUGCCAGGACCUGUAUGAAUGAAGCCUGGUGUGAGCUACCUGCUUGAGAAGUCAGUAGGAUGCAUGUUUUGUUUGCUGUCCUGUAAUGCCAAUUUGAACUUGUUUCCUCUCUAUAGUUAACGGCUCAGUUCUGAGAUUAAACACACUUUGCUUGAAUGAAUGAUUUUUUGUAUAAUUCAAAAUUUAUCUUUAAAUCAGUGCCAUAAUUUAUUUGCUAUCACUGCGAGAAUAUCACAGAGGACACACUUCUGUCUUCUUACACCUCUUCAAAAUAUACAAUUGCUUGCAUAAAAUUGAAUUUUUAGUCCUUUUUGUCACUUACUGCAUAUCUAACAUAGAAUUCGUUAUUCUUUGCUAUGUUCAUAAAUACAAUAUUUCACAAUCUUACUUUCAAAUCAACAUAGUUUCCAGACAAAGGUGAGCGUAUGCCUGGUUUUUCUGCUUCUUUGAAUCAGAUCAUUAUUUGUUUGCUUUCUGUUUGUCACCCAAAAGUAAGAUGGUUUGGAGGAAUAACUUGAACUGAACAGCAUUGUGUAUUUGAGAUAAUUUCCAGGAAAUAUGUCUUUGUUCUUCAGUAUUUUGCUGCAGAAAUUUCAUGCAAAUACUUACUCCUUGUACAUUUCACAUGCCUCAGUCUCCUUCAUUAGUUUCUAACUUUUUAAGAGCUGUUCCUUGAGAAAAGUGAAAUGGUGAGUAUAAUGGCCAUUGUUUAUUGACAAGGCAGCUAAGGAAAUUUGUUUUGGAAAGUGCAUCAUGAAUGAAUAUACAGUAAAGUAAGUAUAACACAGUGUUCAGUUUAAGGUACACGGGGACAUGAAUGUCUGAAGCCUUGAUUCUUUGCUCUAUUCCCUUCACAAAUAAAGUGCAUAUAUACUAGAAAGAGAGAUAGAAUAAAAGAAUUAGGAGUAUGAUAGCAGAGCUGUUGGCUGCCUUGGUUUGGACUGCAUCAGCAUUGCUAUCGUUGGCCUCUAUUUUCAGAGGUUUUAGAGAGUUGGCCGUAAAAGAUUGCUUUGCUUCAAGCUUAAAAGUCUUAAAAGAUUUUUAUCUUAUGUAUCUAAUUUUAAACAAAUAUGUCUUGUUUUUAUAUUACAGGAGGGAAUGGAGUUUAAUAGUUCAAUUUUGCGCUAAUGUAACUUUUAAUAAACUUAAAUUUUUAACAAAACCAUAAAACCAAAUUAGUUCAUAGUCUGUUGAUUUUUUUUAAACCAAAUAUUAUUGACAUUGAGAAAUUUGCCUGCUUCAUCAGUGUAGUUACCUAUCUUCAAGAUGUUUUAAAACUUGUAUAUCUUACUAGCAUCCUGAUUCCAGUAGUGGAUCAGUAUGAUAAGAAUGGAGAUUUAUGACAUGCAUAUGAGCUAUCUAGUGAUAUAGAUUUGGAAAUAUAGUGUAUAUAUAAUAUAUAUAGAUAGAUUUACUAGGUAGACUAAGGAGAGAACGCUCCUAUGAAUUUAGUUUGUCAAAUAAAUAUCAUAUAUUUAAAGAAUUGCACAGACAUUAUAUUUCAGAGUCCAAAUGAGAUGCAAAUAAUUGCAAAGAAAAGUUAUCUCAUGGGUUAAACAAUAUACAUUUUAUAGCUUCUUAUAAAAAUAAUUUUCCUUCCUAUAUUGCAAUUAUGGAAAAUUAAAAGAAUUAAAAUUAAUACAGAUUUUGUUUUAAAUAACAUUAUACUGUGAAGCAGAGAGAAACACCAGGAAAUUAAAAAUUUAGGCCAUUAUGUUGUGGCUGUCUGAAAAAACUUUAAUUCCCCAUAAUAUCUUUAGUUAUGGCAAGAUUAUUAAAAUCUAUCUCUAAGUAUCUAGAUUGCUCAUAUUACACUCUACACUGUCUUAUUUUUUUUAAAUAUGUAGUUUUCAAUGUGCAAGGAAUGAAACAUUUCAUUUAUUUGCUGAAUGAGUUCUAAAGUUGAUAAGUUGUGACUUUCACUUACACAGAAUUCUGUACAUUUCUCCCAUUCUAAAUCUGGCAUAUAUAUAGAUUUUUUUUUCAGAUGGCUUCUACAGACAAACACAAAGCUUGUUUGUGUGCAAAUACAUGGCUAAUUAAAUGGUGCUAAAGUGUAUUAUGACUGUCAGAUAUAAUCAGGCAAAAUUUUGUGGUGCUUAAAUUAAUUUUUCAUUGAUUUUCUUGAUCAGUGCAUUGAACAGUGUUUAUUUACAAAUUGUCUUUUAUUAAUAAAUCAAGGCCUCAUAGCACAUUGUUAAAUAAAAUGGUUGACUAGUCUAUGUAAAGGCUCACCAAGCUAUUAUCUCUUAACACCUUACAAUGUUGCGCCAUUAAAGGUCAAGGGAUCAUGCUAUUAAUCCCAUUGCUUUAGUACCAUUAACAUGACUGAACAUUUUCACAAAGUACUUAUGUUUACAAUGCUAUAACCCUUUGACUGCUGCGGCAACCUUUAACCACACAUGUCACAAGCUAGAAUCAUCAGCAUGGUUCUUGCCAUGGCAAUCAAAGAGUUAAGGGCUGUGCAGUGAUUUGUUUUGUAUUUAUUAAUUUAUAUUUAUUUCAUUUCCAUUCAAGGAGGGGACUUGGGGUGGGGCAGUUUUUGUCUGCUGUAAGUGUCUUAACCUAGGGAAGGGUUAAAUGGCUUUUUAUACUAUUGCAUCUUCUGUAUUUACCAUCAAUUCAUUGUGUUGUAAUUUUAAAAACCUGUCAAUAAAUAAGAGAACAGAAAAAUGGUUCCUAGA